GGAAGGAGUGUGCUGUUAUCGCUCGUCCCCGUUGGUUCUCUCGAAGAUCUCCACUGCAGGGCUUACUGCUGCAGCUACGCGAUGGAGUAUCAUGCAUCAGACGCCACAUCGCAACCGCAGCCCCUCACCAAGACAGCCAAGGUGUCGACUCUGCGGCCUUAUCCAUACUACCGAUGGACUCAGCUCUUUCGCGUCGUGGUGGUGCUGCUGGGUCUCGCGUACUGGCUCUACCGUUCACCGAUAGACGAGCGGAUAGGUGAGUGCCACGUUCUUAUCUGUCCAUAUGCAUCCUUGGCCAGUACAUACGUCUGCACGCGUGUUGAUCUGUCACCUGUGCGUGUGCAGAUCGGCUGUGGCAGGGGAUGAGGUUGACGUGGUUUGUUCGAUUCGAUACCUGUGAGCCCAUCGUGGCAGCGUACGCGUUCAUCGUCUGGGUCAACAUGUUUCGCUUCUUCGACGCCUUCUGCCCAUUCCUGCAGAGGUUUCGCAUUAUCCAGACAGGUAUCCGGAUAGGCGGCUUGAAGCUCCCCGACACGAUGCUGCUGAGCCGUUUCUCUCUCGUUUGUGUCUGCUCCUCUCUUGCAGUGCCUUCGAGGGUGGAGCGGCUGUGGGUGAAUGGCGAAGUGGGCCACGGCACCUUCUCCUACUUUGCCUUUCUCGUCCCCAUGCUGGUGUUCGAUUACUUCCACCCAAGACGGUGAGUGAGGGAAAAAUGAACGAAUGAAUAAGGGGCAUUUAUUCCAUCGGGAGUAUUUUGCGAAUGAGCUCUCCCGCUGUUUGUGUAUGUCAGCGUGUUGCCUGCGUGGACGCCGACGCUCGGUCAGCUGGUGGGCCAAGUUGCGCUGUCAGUGCUGGUCUACGGUACGUUGCUCUGCACGUGGACGCAUCUUUUCCAACUUGUGUUCCUUUCCACCUUCACUCACUCGCACAGACUGUCUCUUCUACGGCAUCCACACGCUGGUCGGUCGGUCGGUCGAUGCAUCUGGGACACUCUCCACCGCACGAAACAAACAUACCUUCCGAAUGAAAUGUGCGAUGUGUAUAUCUGUGGCUGCCUGGCUGCAGUACCACAGGUGGCCGGCCGUGGCUUCCCUACACGCCAAGCAUCACUCCAUGAAGCCCCUCGCCGGCAGCGAUGUGGUGCGGGUGUCCGUCAUCGAUGGCCUCUCCCAGGUCCUCUGCUCUGCAGCAGCGGUCAACAUCUGCCGCUCCCACAGCCUCGCCAGGUCGGGGCACUGGCCACCCACCUGCUUACACCCGAAAGCCGUUGUGGCUGUGCAUCAAUGCGUCCGUUUGUGUCCGUUUGUCUGUCGGUUGACCAGGUUAUUGCACAACGUGGUUAUCACCUAUUUGCUGACCGAAGCGCACUCACAGUAUGACUUCCCGUGGUCCAUCCACCGUCUGCUGCCAUCGGGCCUCAUGGGCGGGCCCAUCAGACACGAAAUACACCACCACACGGGAAAGGUACAUAUGCGAGCUGCAGACAGACAGACAGACAGACAGACAGUUAAUGGAUGGAUGGAUGGCCCUUAUCGAUCAUGCGCUUCUUACGUACCAUUAUCUCUGUCUGUCUGUAGGCCUACUUUUCGCAGUUCUUUUCCUUCUUGGAUCGGUGGAGUGGCAAUGAGCUGAGCGAGGCGGAGCUCGACGUCGCGCUCCAAGACUUUGCCUGGAGGCCCUAAACAAACGAAUCGGCCUGUUUUCUACGAGCCAAGUAGUUAUGUAUGCGUGUACAUGUCUGUAUGUGUGUGUGCAUGAUAUCGGCCGAAGGCCAGUCACUUUAAUGCGAUCGAUAGAGAGAGACGGGAGCUUCUUUCUUGUGCCGCAUGUGAUAGCUCGCUCACGAGGAACUCAGAUGAAUGGAGCAAGCUGUGGGAGAAAUCGCAACUGGCUCUGUCUACUCACCUGGGAGGGGCGGGACCUUUCAACCAACCUGGGUAGAUAGCAUCCACACAUACAUACAUGAAUACACUGGACUGACUACGGGAUCGAUUCGGGGAGGGAGCAGGAGGGAGUGGUCAGUCGGGCCGGGCAAUUAAGUAAGGGCCACGCGGCGCAGCGUGUAAUGCACGCUGCCUGCUUCCACGAUAUAUAUACACAUCAGGGGGAGCGGAUCGCAUUAAGUGAGUUUUCCCAUGCGUGAAGUCAUGCAUGGCUAUGAUGGAUGGAUGUGUUGCGCGUGGUUGGUGACGGACCCACGACUUGAUGCAGCAUCUACUGAAUUCAUCCCAGUCAAUCA